AUGAUGAAAGCUACCCCAUAUGUUGAUGCAAUGAAGGAGUCACUUUAUCGGUCCUCUUUAAACAAUCACUGUCCUUAUAAUGAACUUGGUUAUGGAUAUGUUGAUUUCAUCAGAAAACCAAGUAGUAGAUUUGGCUACAAGAGCCCUAAUGCUAAAAGCACCACUAUUUUAAUUGAUGGUUUGGAUGAUGGUGAUUGGCGAAUAACAGUAGAGUUGUAUGGACUCUGUUCAACAGGAUCUGGUAAUAAUAAGAAAUGCCAUGAAACAAGUAAAUUGGUUAGUAUAAAACUCAUUUGUUAAUGCGUUUUAAAUUAGUGUGUAACAAUUUAAAUAUUUUUUUUUAAAAAUAAUUUUAAAGUUUUAAUAACUGCUGUUUUAGUAUUUGUAUUAAAUGUUUUCAUGUCUUUAAUUUUAAAUUUGUUACAGAAUGAAUCGGGGUCUUCAUUUACACCAAACGAAGAAUUAAAACAGCAGAAUUCUUCAAAAGUUCCUCAGAUAGAUUCACCUGAGGGAUCAUCAGCACUACGGAAUACAAUGUAUCGUAAACUCGCUUACUUUAUGAUUUCUAGCAGGGAGGUGAAUCAGCAGCAGUUUCCACUAAAAAAGGUUAUUUUUAAUCUUGUUUGGUAUUUUAUAAUUAUUAUUAUUUAUAAGGAUGUUAUGCAUUAUACAGUUUCGCUGGUUCAAAAGUAAUAAAAAUGCUUCCAAAUUUGCUGUACCAAUUGGUGAAUUAGAAUUUGUGCGUAUUUGUAUGAGGAUGCUUGAAGAUGGUGAGAAGUAUGUUUACAGACAUAUUCAAGGUAGCGUUUGUUCUACAAUCAGUUAUGAGAAGAAUUUGGUAAUAAAACCAUUGCAUUUACCACCAGAGUGCAAUAUUACUAAAGGGUUUAUAACAUUAUUUGAUGACUUUGCAAUGAGUAUUGCAUUUGAACAAAAUGAAACACCAAAAUGGCAGCAUUUCUUAAAAAAGAAUGUCCAUAUGGUCAGCAAUGCUUUGUGGACUCGUUUAUGGUUCAAAAUCGAAGUCAUUAAUAAUCCUAAUGCUCAGAAGGAUGAUGAAGAUGAAACAAUUAUUAAUGAUAAUUCAUUAAUAAAAAAACUAAUAUUUCCACAAACUGUGGUUUUAAAAUACUGGAUGUAUCAUGAGCAUAGUGAACAAAACCAAGAGGUAUACAGUAAUAUUUGUAUAUAUUGAUCUAUUAGUAAUAAUUUAUUAAUAAAUAAUAAUAAUAAUUAUAACUAUUGGAAUAAUACCAUGUGAUUCCUUUUUUGACAAAAUUAAUUUAAAUAAUUUGAUAAAAGUAAAUUAAAAUAUUGCAGCAGCCUCUAUAAGGUAUUUUAUAAGGAACUUUGCUUUUGAAUGAUUUUAAAUUUAUAUUAAAUGGUUAAAAAAACUAUAAACUUGUUAGAAACAUUAAAUAAAAGUGAGGGUGUCGUAGUUUUGAAUAAAGAAUUCCUAAAUAUGCUACGAAUUGAAAAAAAAGACUGACAUACUUUGCACAAUAGGUGAGCCACUGUUGUAGGUGAGAAGUUAAGAAAGUAGAAUAUAAAGGGAAAUUUAGUGUAUAUCUGUAUGAAAUGAGUCUAAUCUAUUGCAUGCAGAUUACAUAUAUGUACUAUAUAGUUUUAUAAAUUUUAACAAUCAAUAUAAAUUCAAAAUCGUUCAAUAGCAAAGUUUCUCAAUAAGUAAUAAUAGUUUUUUAUUGAGUCAAAAAUACACAAUAAAGCAAUUGAAAUUAACAUUAAUACUUUUAAUAUUUGUUUUAAAAAUAUAUAAAUUAUCAUUAAUUAAAGAUAUAUCAGUUAUAGAAUUCAUAUUGCUGGAAUUAAUAUUAUAUACAUUUAAAAUACAUUAUUAUUCAUCUAAAUUAUAAUACUUUAAUUGAUUUUGUUAGAUGAAUUGUAUUGAUGAAUAUCAUCAAGGUUACUUACCUACUUACAAUAUACAAUUUUUUUUUAUUAUUAUUUUAUUACUUGUUUCAACAAAUUUAUGUUUUUACAAUGGUGAAAAUAUAAUAUUAUUGGGUGUGUCUAAUCUGUAACUUUCAUUCUUCAUGCCGAUUUUUUAAUAAAAGCAUUUAAUGUUCCCAUGUUCUAAUAAAUUCAUCUUUAUUUAUUAUUGCUAAUGACAAACCAUUCAACCUUUCUUUAUUAAUUGUAGCUCAAAAGUAUGUUUUCAGUCUUUUUAAAACAGAACAUGUACAUUCUAGGGUAGCGAAUGUUACAGGCAGAGUAGCAAAUAAAUGAAGAAUCUUAUUUAUAUUUGGAAAAAGUUCUGUGAAGUAUUGAAUUUCUUCUACAUCAAUCUCUAUAUGAUUUGAAUAUAUUAAUAUGAAUUAAAAAUUGAAAUAAAUAACAUUUUGUUUGUUUAUUAUUGGUGAUUAAUUUUUUUUUUUUUUUUUUAUAGCCAAGAGGUAUCAUUGAUCUAAGUGGUUGUUUGCCAUUAUCAAAAGGAAUAGGACUGUCCAAACCUCUUAGAAUAGAAUUACUUCCUCCUGCCCAACCAUUUUCGGAUUCAGCUGUUUUACCAAAUACAUUGCGAAUACUAUUUAAUGGUGGUAAUAAAUUUGAAGAUGGACAUAAUUUUCCUAUUUACUUUGGUAAAUGUGAACCAAUACUACUAGCUUUUGAUACGGCAUAUGAGCGAGAUAAGUGGUGUAAUACAAUAAAUAAAGCUGUGUAUGCUAUUGCUGCACACCAAGAACAGUUCCACAAGUUUCAUCGGUUUAAAAAAACAAAUUCACUGAAAAUUAAUCAUGUAACCCAUAAUUAAUCAUUAUAUUAUUUUUUUUUUAUAUACAUUAAACUGGCUAUUACUAAGUAACUGUUCAUGGGCUAUGAAUGUUUGAUCCAUUUGAUUUUUUAGAAUAAUAUCUUUUACAAAAUUUUCAAAAGUCGUUAAAUACAUUUUUUUUUUUUUGUAUUUAGAGGAUAAAAAUAAAAAUUUAAUUUUUUUAAUAUAAUAUUUUAUUGUGUAUUAUACUGAAUUCAAUUAUUUGAUUGAAAGCUAAUUUUUAAAUUUAUAUAAUUGAUGUUUACUAUGAGUUAAACAAUUUUUUACAAUUUACUGUAGUUGAACUUUAUUAUUAUUUAUAAGACUAUAAUAAAAUGUAAUAUUAUAUCAAUUAGUUUUCGUUUGUGGUUCUUUUAAUGUUUCCUUUUAGUAUAAAAAGUAAAAGCAAUUAUAAGGGAAACGAAAAUGUUGUCCAUCUAUCCCAACAAUUUACUAUGGUAAAUAAUAAUAAUUUUUUAUUAUUGAUGUAAUUACUAUUGAAAUUCUCAUUAACUUAAUAAAAUAACUAUUUUAUAUUCUAAGUGCAGUUACAAAUGUACUGGUGUUACAAUGAUAAUUAAUUCUACCCAUUUUAUUUUUUUAAUUUGGUUUAUGAAAUUUUGUUUUGUCUUUUAUAUAAACAUUUAAAGAUAAAAUAGUACCUAUGAGAAAAAUUAUUUUCCUCUGCAUUCCUUGUAUUAUUUGUCGGUUUUAUGUGAAUAUAAUUGUUUGACCCAUGCAAAAUAUUUGAAAAUUGAACACAAUAUAAGUUAAUUUAUAUUGUAUUGUAACUUAUUAUAAGUUGUAGUUGAUAGUAAAACAUAAAUAAAUUGUGUGUUCUAUAUUAUUUUUAUUAGUGUUUAAUAUCAAAGUUGGAAAUCUUAAAAAUUACAUUUUUUUAUUGUUUCUAUUUGAUAGGUAUAAAAUGGUUUGGCUGAACAUAAAUGCUUGAACAUUUAACACAAGAUUUAUUAUAAGUUUUACUUAGGGCCGUUAUUAUAAUGUCUUGCUAAAUUAUAAUUAUCUGUCAAGCUAUUGUGCAGUAUAGUGUAGUGGGCACUUUAGUGACAAGUUUAGAAUAAAUUAUUAUUACAAUGUUACCACUAGUACUAUGGCUCUAUAAUAUGUGAGUAUACGUAUCUGCCAUUUUAGUUGUAAUUACAAAUUACGAUAAAUGUAGUUGCAAUAUAUUACCAAAUAGCAGUAGUUGAUAACAUAAAAUAUCAUAGAACAAUACAAUAGGUACACAGUUAAUUUUAUUUAAAUAAUUUCUUAAGUUUUUCACAUUUUAAUAUUUUAUUAAAAUGUCCUGUUCUGCUGUAAAUUGCAAGUAAUUGUAAAUAAUUGUAAGUAGUCAAGGUAUAUGUUUAUUCAGAUUUCCUGCUUAACUUGGAAGAAAAAAAAUUUGGAUAAAUAAUACCAGACAAGGUCAAUGGAAACCUACAGAAUCUGCUUGUCUUUGUGAAGUAAGUGUCAUUUGAUAUUCAAUAGUGAUUAAAUAUGUAUUUCUGUUUACUAAAACUAUUGGAGUAACACAAAAAUAUAGAAACGUAGUUUCUUACAGUAGAUUUUUAUACAAACUUAGUAAAUUGACAUAAAAAAUUAUUAACAUUAUAAUAGUUUCAAAUAAUUGAAACUUUAACAAAUGUAGGUAAGUACAUUUAAAUUAAUUAAAUAUCCUUAGAAUUUUAAAUUAUUUAUUGAUUAAAUAGUUAAAUGUUUUAGAUACUAGAUCUUUCUUUGAAUAUUAAACCAAAUUAAAUUGAAAAUACAACUAAUGAAAGUAUGCAGUAAUUGUAGUCUGUAAGUAUUAAUUUUUAAUUAGACUUUAUCAACUUGAAUUAUAUACAAAAAUAUAGCACAAUUAUUUUUAAUAAAAACUGCCAAUAAUAAAAUAUUAUUUAUUGAAUUAAUUGUUGAAUGUUUCAGGUACCUGAUACUACAUUGAUUGUUGGACCAAAUGAAAUUGAAAAUACAACCGAUGAAAAUAUGCAGUCUGUAAGUAUGUUCAUAAAAUAUUAAAAUAACUACCUAUGUGAUUUGGAAGUAUUUAUGAAACAAUUAAUUUAAUUUUGUUUUCUUAUUAUUAUAAUUCUUACUACUAUUUCUUUAUACUAAAAUAAUUACCACUAUAUAUUUGUAAUGACAAAGAUUAUGGUGUACUAUGCCAUACACUAAUUUAUUUUUAUUUAUAGUCAUUACAAAUGGAAAAUGAAGUGUUGAGAAAGGAAAACAAAAAAUGA